AUGUGCAAAACGCACGCCGCGUUGCGGACUUUCUUUUUGACCAGUCAAAUUUUUGGCCUCCGUGGAGCGCGAAAAGCGGGGUUGGCGCGAAUAUUUGCGUAUAAAAGGAGCGCGUUGGGAGCGUUUUGCCGUUUCUCUCGGAUGUGGGACCUUUGGCCUUUCCUUCGCUUGUUGCCGCACGUCUUCUUCUGGCGGUCGCACGUCUUCAUCACUUGCCGCACGUCUUCCGCAGUUGCCGCGUGUCUUCAGCUGCUGCCGCACGUAUUCAGCUGCAGUCGUACGCCUUCUUUUGGUUGCCGCACGUCUUCAUCAGCUUCUCUCGAACUGCUGGCCCAACUUUUCCCUCGAAGUCGCUCUGGCGUCACCGACUACCUCGCCACUGUUGCCGACCUGCUGUCAACGUCUUUUUGAUGCAUCUCACGUCUCCUGAAAAAAGAAAGUCAUCGAAGCGUUGUCAGGUACCCGGUAGCAGUGGCAGGUAUUCAAGCGCUGACUAGGGCUUACUUUCAUGAGCUAUUUUUUUUUUCGAAAACCACUGAAAAUUAAAGUGUCAAGGAAAGUUAUCCAAUUUUGUCUCUUCAAUAAACUUGAAAGUCGCAGACUAGAAUGAAAAUUGAUACCAAAAAUAAGUAAUAGGAAAGCGGCAAGGAUGUGAAAACCGUUGCAUAAGCCGUGUUGUACUGUUUUUCAUUUCUUCUAUUUUCGUCUUGCUACGUGUUAUAUUCUGUCGUUUUCGUUCACUCUCCACUAAUUUAAAAACGUUUUUUUAGUGUCGGGUCCUCUUUGGUUGCGUUCUUAUCCGAGUGGAGCCUUCUCCUUUGGUUGCGUUUUGAUGAUUGUCGCUCCCAACGAAGCAGGGGGCGACAAUUAUUUAAGUGAGUUUUCGAUUUUUUCGUUUUUUUUAAACAAAGUUUGCAAUUGUUUUUAAGUUUUUUUGCACUAAAAAGUUGAAAAUCGGAAAAAGCAAAAAUUUAUUUGGUCAAAUCCUAUUAAACCGACUUUUAACAGAGUCAUCAAUAAUAGAUGAAUUUCAGCACUAAAAAAGAAAACGACCCGUCGUUUUUGCAACCUGGUAGCAAAGCGAAUUUUUUUCGUGUGAGUUUUGAAUCUUUCAUUCGAUUAGCACAACUAUAACAGUGUUUUCAACCUCUUCCAAAUGAUAGACAAAACUUUGAAAUUUUCAGAUGUCGACACCAGCCGAAACGAGCUAGCUCUCGUUCGAAAUGAUGGAAUUUUUGCACGAUUAGGGACUUCGCCGCAGGUAACUUCACGUAAUAAGUGUUUUUGCUCAGAUCCAACUUUUAGAACCUUUGUCUGCGGCGAUUCCUGGGAGUUCGCGAUUAUUGGAGAAGUGGCAGUGCAGGUGAAUAAUAUCUUUCCCGGACAUAACUUCAAAUCUUUGUGUUUCAGACAAAUGGGAGGGUCGCGAACAGUCUGCACCGACGGCCACCUCUUCCUUGAAGAACUUCUGGAUUGGUCUACAUCCUUGAACUCGUCUGCAAUGCCGACUACGAGAGCAGACCACCUGCGUCAACCGAGACAAGCUAACCGGCUUCGUUGAGACCAUUUAAACCAGCUGAAACGAACUAGCCGGCUUCGUACAAAAAAACGAGAUAUUCACAUAAGGGGGGACCGCGCCGCAGGUAACUUCACGUAAUAAGUGUUUUUGCUCAGAUCCAACUUUUAGAACCUUUGUCUGCGGCGAUUCCUGGGAGUUCGCGAUUAUUGGAGAAGUGGUGGUGCAGGUGAAUAAUAUCUUUCCUGGACAUAACUUCAAUUUUUUGUGUUUCAGACAAAUGGGAGGGUUGCGAACAGUCUGCACCGACAGCCACUUCUCCUGCAAACAAAACAGUGUUUCUACUUCAAGGAAAGAUCCGACCGCCCUUCCUGUCGCUCACCUUCGUCCGACGCUUAAUAUCCUUCACCACAUACUGCGAAAACCACGAAAUUACUUUUUUUCAAUGUUUUUUCUUUUAACAUUUAUUUUUUGUAAAUAAAAUAAAUGUCAUCAAAUAAUUUUUUUUGAUCAAAGUCUUUUCUGGUCUUCAAGUAUCGAUUAGGUUUCGUCUUGAAGUGAUAGUUGUCGGAGUUGCAUAGGUUCUUUUGCGGUGUUCUUGAUGAUUUUUUGCGGUAUGAGGUCGGACUUGGCAAUACAGCGAUACGGCCUUUGGCCUUCUGCUCUCUCGUGGAUACGAGCUAAACUCAGAAUUCUGCAGCUAAGGAAAGUGCUCCUCGCAAGAGACAGUAA